GCAAAGCUCAAAAGUCAAUUCUUACAAAAUAAAAAGAAAAAUAUUUCUUAGAUUACACAGGGAGAGAGAGAGAGAAAUGGGGGCGGAGAGUUGGAGCUUGACGGCGAAACUGUGCGACUCCUGCAAGGCGGUGUCGGCCACCGUGUUCUGCGGCGCCGACACGGCGUUCCUCUGCCUGGCGUGCGACUCCAAGAUCCACGCGGCCAACAAGCUGGCGUCGCGCCACGCGCGCGUCUGGGUCUGCGAGGUCUGCGAGCAGGCCCCGGCCAGCUUCACCUGCAAGGCGGACGCCGCCGCUCUCUGCGUCACGUGCGACCGCGACAUCCACGCCGCGAAUCCGUUGGCGCGCCGCCACGAGCGGCUCCCCGUGGUGCCGUUCUACGACUCCGCCGCCGCCGCGGCUAAAUCUCACGGCGCCGGCGACGACAGUAAGUACUUCAGUAACGAGUCCGAUAACCAGAACCCGGAAGAAGCGGAGGAGGAGGCGGAGGCGGCGUCGUGGCUCCUCCCUACUCCGAACAACGCCAAAGGAGUCGAUUUGGAGGGAUCCGAGUACAAAUCCGCCGACUACUUGUUCAACGACAUGGAUCCGUACCUGGAUAUGGAAAUGAUACCCGGCGGCGGCGGAGAUCAGAAACCGCACCACCACCACCACCACCAACACUACAACUCAGACGGCGUCGUACCGGUGCAGAAGAAAACCGAGACUAGACACGUUCCCGGCUCCGUAGUCGACGGAUUCCCCACAUACGAAAUAGACUUCGCCGCCGGAUCUAAGCCGCCGUUCAUGUACAACUUCGCCUCUCAAUCCAUCAGCCAAAGCGUCUCGUCGUCUUCUAUGGAAGUCGGAGUGGUGCCGGACCACAACGCCAUGGCGGACGUGUCUAACGCGCCGUUUAGCCGCACCUCCGGCGGCGACGCCGUCCCCAACCCGGUGUCCGGACUGGACCGGGAGGCGAGGGUGCUAAGGUACAGAGAGAAGAGAAAGAACCGCAAGUUCGAGAAGACAAUCCGAUACGCCUCCAGAAAGGCGUACGCCGAGACCCGGCCGAGGAUCAAGGGGAGGUUCGCCAAGCGCUCCGAGACGGAAGUGGACUCCCUCCUCGCCGCCGACGCGUCGUACGGCGUCGUGCCGUCGUAUUAAAGCGCCGCCGGCGAAAAUUUUGGGCAAUUUUUGAGCGCUCCCGGUGGUCGAUCUCAGAUAUAUGUCAAUGUUGUUGUUUUUGUUGGUGUUGUACGUUGGUGCUGUACAUAUGUACCGUGUUUGAUUGAGUAGCUAACUUUGAUGUAAUUUUCUACAUUUUCUGUUAAUGGUAAUGUAAUGAGGUGCAUUUUGUUUAGAUUAGUUUCACUUUUCCUAGUA